CCCUCAGUUUCUCAUCAAAUUCCUUCACUUUUUUUCUUCCCAAUCACACUCACAAAAGCAAAAGCAAAAAAAGCAUCGGCAAUGGCUGCCUCAAGCUCUGCUUUAGGAGCUACCAUUUCUCCUGUGAAACUAGGUAACCCCAGAUCAUCAUCGAACUUGACCAAUUCUCUGCUGCCAGCUCCAUCUUUCAAGCUCAUCAAAAACCCAUCUUUAACUCAAAGCCACAAGCUUUUUGCAUCAAACUGCAACAUUUUCUCAGUUCCCAAACGAUCUUUCACUUGCAAAAGCCAGGCUAUUCCUUCUGAUAACUCAACACCUAGCAAAGUUCAAGAAUUAUAUGUUUAUGAGAUCAACGAGAGAGAUCGUGGCAGUCCAGCUUAUCUUCGUUUGAGCCAGAAACCUGUUAACUCUCUUGGUGAUCUUGUCCCUUUUAGCAACAAAAUAUAUACCGGAGACCUGCAGAAACGGAUAGGAAUAACAUCGGGUAUAUGCAUUUUAAUCGAGCACAAACCGGAAAAGAAAGGUGACCGGUACGAGGCGAUCUUCAGUUUCUACUUUGGAGACUACGGUCACAUAGCGGUGCAGGGGCCGUACUUGACUUACGAGGACACAUAUCUGGCUGUCACCGGUGGGUCGGGGAUCUUUGAAGGUGUCACCGGUCAGGUUAAGCUGCAGCAAAUUGUUUUCCCUUUCAAGAUUUUCUACACCUUUUAUUUGAAGGGCAUUGGUGAACUUCCCGAAGAGCUGGUUUGCAAGCCUGUCGAGCCCAACCCAGGUGUUGAAGCCACCCCAGCUGCUAAAGCUUGUGAGCCACAUGCCACCGUUGCUAAUUUCACUAACUAAUUCUAAUAUUAAACUUAUAUAGUUUGACAAUUUCCAUUGCUAUGCCAGCUUUUUGAGUCUAAAGCUUUUUAUCUUGUUUAGUACUUGUUAUUUUUCUCUCUUUAUAAUCUUUUGUUAUGGGUAUAAAGUAAGAUUAGAAAGAAAUAAUGUGGUAGUCCUUUCUAAAGUCUUGUGUAAUGGGAUGAUUUUAGGCUUUUAAUUAAGCCAUUUGGAGUACCUUUUUGAUUGCA